AUGAGUACUCAGGAAUAUAAAAGGGUUAAGACUGAUGGUGAUGAUGGGUUUGACAAAUUAAAGAAAGUUUUCUUCAGGUUGAAUACGCUAUACACCUUCUUGCUAUGUAGGAAACAUGUUAUACCAACAUUUAAAACACUGCAAUCACCGAUUGAAAGUGCCCUAAAGAGCCCUGUGACAGAAUUAGAUUUUGCUAAGAUUGCUGCGUUGAUGCCCAGGGAUUGCGAGUUCAAGUAUAUUGAUGAGAAUCAGAUUUACACUGAAACCAAGGAGUUUGAUUUUAACAGAGGGGGUUGGAAUCAGAAGGACAAUGAUAUUUAUCAACUUAAGGAUGUUACUGAGGAAUUUAACGAAGCCAGAUCCACUCAAAUUUUGAUAUUUAAUUUUAUCGAUGGUAAUAUGAAGUAUUCUUGGCAAGCUGAUGGUGGUAGGAUACAGAUACCGACGGUUAAUACAGAGCAGAUGAAGAAGAUGAUUACCAAGAGGAAGCAGAACUUUGAAGAUGCUCUUAACACAUUUGUGGCUCAGAAACAGUCAGAAGGAAUGGAUCCUGUGCAAGAAUUGGAAACUAUUGCUCAGAAAUGUAUACCAAGGGAGAAAGAUUACGAAGACCCUAUAGAAGCUAUGAUGAAGGCAAAGGAAAAGAAAAAUUCUAUGGUUGUGCUUGAUGAGGCAAAUGGAAUGGAGAGACCAAAGAUUGCAAAUAUGAUUGAAGAAUUGGAGAAAUCAGAAAUGUACACUAAUCAAAUAUCAAACCAUUAUGUGAUACCGCCAAGAAGUGCACAGUACAAGGAGUUGGAAUUUGAACUUUCAGAGGAAAUUUACCAGGCUUUAGAGAUCGAGAAUUUUUAUACCCACCAGGCAGAUGCCAUUAGCGCUAUUCACAGGGGUGAGCAUGUCAUCAUAACUACUUCUACAUCAUCGGGUAAAUCCCUGGUUUACCAACUUUCAGCACUCGAUCUUUUAUUAAAGGACCCCAAUUCUACUUGCAUGUAUAUUUUUCCUACGAAGGCGUUGGCUCAGGAUCAGAAGCGAGCUUUCCAAGAGCUCUUAUCAAAGAUUCCUCGACUGGCCAAUGUGGUGGUGGAUACUUAUGAUGGUGAUACGGAACCCGCUGAAAGGCUGCACAUUAGGAAAAAUGCUAAAGUUAUUUUCACGAACCCAGAUAUGGUUCAUACUAGUAUUCUGCCGAACCACCCCAAUUGGAGAAGUUUUCUUUAUAAUCUUAAAUUGGUGGUUGUAGACGAGUUGCACACCUACAAGGGUCUUUUUGGUUCACAUGUUGCACUUGUUCUCAGGAGAUUAUUAAGACUUUGUGAACAUUAUUACGAGAAUAAUGCUCUUAGGUGUGUAUCUUGUUCUGCGACCUUGAAACAUCCUGUUAAACAUAUGAAGGAUAUGUUUGGUAUCCACGAUGUUGUUUUAAUUCACGAAGAUGGUUCACCCAGAGGUGCCAAACAUCUUGUAUUGUGGAAUCCACCGUUGUUAUCACAACAUGUCAGGAGAAGGGAAGAUUUCAUACGGGAAAGUGCAAAGAUAUUAGUACAAUUGAUGCUAAAGAAUGUACGAACCAUUGCAUUUUGCUUUGUGCGUAGAAUAUGUGAAUUGCUAAUGAAAGAAGUAAGGAAAAUAUUUGAAGACUUAGAUAUGCCUGAGAUGAUUACUGAAGUCAUGUCUUAUAGAGGUGGGUAUGCCGCUUCAGAUAGACGUAAGAUUGAACGUGAAAUGUUUCACGGUAAUCUUAGGGCAGUGAUAUCUACAAAUGCAUUAGAACUGGGUAUUGAUAUUGGUGGGUUAGAUUCGGUUCUUAUGUGUGGGUUCCCGCUAUCUAUGGCAAACUUUCACCAACAGAGUGGUAGAGCUGGUAGAAGAAAUAAGGAUUCUAUGACAUUGGUGGUUGCGAGCGAUUCACCUGUGGAUCAGCAUUAUUUGGCACAUUCAGAAGAAUUGAUAGAUGGCGAUAAUUCAAACACGUACCAAGAUUUGGUUCUUGAUUUUGAUAAUAUACUGAUUUUAGAGGGACACAUUCAAUGUGCGGCUUUCGAGUUGCCUAUAAAUAUUGAUAGAGAUAAGGAAUAUUUUAAAGAGGAGCAUUUGAGCAAGAUAUGUCAGGAAAGAUUGGACCAUUCUAAAGAUGGGUAUCAUACGCACAACAGAUUUUUACCUUGGCCCUCCAAAUUAGUGUCAUUACGAGGUGUUGAAGAGGAUCACUUCGCAGUGGUAGAUAUUACAAAUGGAAGAAGUACUGUUAUUGAGGAAAUUGAAGCCAGCAGAACUAGCUUUACCCUUUACGAUGGUGGUAUUUUCAUCCACCAAGGUUAUCCUUACUUGGUGAAGGAGUUUAAUCCAGAUGAAUGUUAUGCAACGGUUCAAAGGGUUGAUGUGGAUUGGGUCACGAAUCAAAGAGAUUUUACUGACGUAGAUCCUCAAGAGAUUGAAAUGAUCAGAUCCUUAGAAACAAGCGACAUUCCCAUUUACUUCGGAAAAAUCAAAACGACUAUCAUUGUCUUUGGAUUUUUUAAGAUGGAUAAAUACAGAAGGAUUAUUGAUGCUGUGGAAACUCAUAAUCCACCAGUGAUAAUUAAUUCUAAGGGCUUUUGGAUAGAUAUACCCAAGAGGGCCGUUGAGAUUUGCCAUUCGAAACAAUUAAAUCUUGCGGGUGCCAUACACUCAGCACAACAUGCUAUCAUGGGAUUACUCCCCAGAUUCAUUGUAGCAGGUGUAGAUGAAAUACAAACUGAAUGUAAGGCUCCUGAGAAGGAAUUUGCAGAGAGACAAACUAAAAGGAAAAGGCCCGCAAGGUUGGUCUUUUACGAUGCAAAGGGAGGCAAGUAUGGCUCAGGUUUAUCUAUCAAGGCAUUUGAACACAUUGAUGAUGUUUUGAAUGGUUCACUGCAAAGAAUUGAAGAGUGUCCCUGUGAAGAAGGUUGUCCCCACUGCGUUGUGUCUCCUUCAUGCAAAGAGAAUAAUUUCGUCUGUUCAAAACCUGGCGCUCAGGUUGUCCUACAUUGUAUUUUGGGUCAUGCAGAAUCCGAGUUUUUGGAUCGUAUUAAAGGGGGACCAGAACCCAAUAUGCCUGAAAUCAAGGUUGAAACGGUAGUUCCAGUUUCUGAGCACGUUAACUUCUCUCCUGAUUUACAAAUUAUUGAUGUCAGGAAAGUGAAACAGGAGCUAGCUUUCGAAGACACGCCUAUAGUUAAAUUAGAGGAAAGGAAUUAA